UAUAAGUUGUGAGGUUGAACUGAGUAAGCAGCCAAAGUUGGGCACUGAAUCAACCAGAGAUAGAAGAACUGGACACAGUGAACGCAAGCACUAGGUCUUGCAAAGAGCAAAAAAUGAUUUUGUAUGUUAUCUCGCUUACAUUUCUGCUGGGAGCCACCAUGACCAAAGCUCAAAGUAUAGCGGGAAGCGAUAUUGGAGACGACCAAUCAAACUGGGCAGAAAUCUUGAAACACAUGAGAAACUCAACUGACGGUCGACAAGAAGUGGACGAUAGCAUGAAACCCACUAUAUUUGACAUCAUCAUAAAUGCCAAUGCACAUGCGAGAAGCAAACCGAUUCAACGUAGCGAAGAGGAUAAAUUCUUGUUUCAAGGUGACAUUGCAAUGCCACCCAUCGACGUAAUGAAAACGUUGAGAAAUAGACGAAGAAAGCGUGCCGUAAUGAGAAAAAUAUCUACGGGAAGCAACUUAUGGCAAACUCAUAAACUUGCGUACAUUUUUAGAAAUGAUUUAGGACAGUAUGCAAAGAGUGUGAUUCGAGCUGCCAUUAAAGCAUGGGAAGAGACGCUACCUUGUUUGGGGAAAUGGAAAGAUGUGACAAACGUGGACGCUUCUAAACGUCCCAGGGAUUACAUUUACUUCAUUAAAGGAGAAGGAUGUUACUCGCAAGUUGGUCGCAGGGGCGGAAGACAAACAAUCUCCAUUGGCAAAGGUUGUGAUCACAUUGGUGUUGUCAUACACGAAAUAGGUCAUGCUAUGGGUUUCUGGCACGAGCAAUCGAGAACAGAUCGAGACAGCUACGUAACUAUUCAUUGGGAGAACAUUAUUCCUGCGAUGCGAUUUAACUUUGGAAAAUAUUCUUCGUCAAAAAUCAACGAUCUUGGUGUCGGUUACGACUACAACAGCGUAAUGCAUUAUGGCUCCAGAGCCUUCUCGAAAGAUGGCCGUUCAUCCACCAUAACAAUAAAAGGAAACAAUCCAGGCAACGUUAGGCUGGGUCAGCGGUAUCGCUUGAGCAAACUGGACAAGAAACAGGCUCAAUUAUUGUACAGUUGCGAUUGCAUCGACAAUGACAAAAAUUGCGACUCAUGGGGCAAACAGGGAUAUUGCAAUCCCAAGAAGGGAUUCGAAAGCUUUAUGAAGAAGAACUGCUGUGCAACCUGUCGCAAGCAAACCGCUGCUGUGAAAUCGUGUUCAUCAUCGCCCUGUUUCAAUCUGGGAGUUUGCAAAGACGUCGGUAAUAGUUAUAGCUGCAAUUGUCCUGCUGGCUAUAACGGCAAGCAGUGCGAACGCAAAGUGCUCCCAUGCAACUCUUCUCCGUGCUUGAACUCAGGGACAUGCAGUAACAAUGGAAACAAAUUCUCUUGCACAUGUUCAUCCCUUUACACUGGAGAAAGAUGCGAAAGAAGAAAAAUAGGAGCGAUGUGUGCAAGCGAUCUAAAUACAAACUGCAAACAAUGGGAGAAAUACUGCGUGAUGUAUGCUGAGAACGAAUAUCAAUUAUUCAUGAAGAACAAUUGCUGUCAAACCUGUAAACAAUUUUGCAAGGACAAAAAUCAAAACUGCAAGCAAUGGAAGUCAAAUGGCUUUUGCACCCAUAAAAUCUUCGAAGCUUACAUGAGGAACAACUGUGUCGUAGCUUGUGGGCACAAAUGCACAUCAUAGAAAGUGAACUGUUUAAUGCUUUCAUUUAUUACACAUAUAGGCAUAGGAAUGUAUGAAAAAAUGUUGUAAAAUGUAUCGGAGUAUAUAGAUAAGUUGACGAUUAAAUUCAAAUACGUUUUGUUAUUCGAUUAAACAGGGUGUGAAAAC